AUGGCAAGCGCACCAAACGUCUACUCGGCUGAGCCUGCAUUCCCCAUCCUUGCCGAUUCUCUACUCCAACCAGAGUCAACGGAAAAUGCAGCUCCUUCAAAUGAGACAACUGCGAAAGAUGACUGGAAUCUCAAGAAUGAAUGGAAAAAGGGUAUCAAGCUCUCCAAUAAAGCAGUCUUUCGGUGCGGAGCUGUCCUAGGCUUUUCCAGACUGCAAAUGAGAAGCAACGAAAGCAACGAGUAUAUCGGACAGAUUCCUCGAUACAUUCUUACAAACCAACUACGAAGUAUUCAUUCAUCAUCUGAACCAAGCGCAUUCAUUAUCCACCCACGAAGCUUCGAUGCCUUUGCCCCAAGGACUCUUCUCAAUGAGCUACAGUCUUCCACCUAUGACCAGCCCGGUCUAUCAAAGGAUGAUGCAAUCCGUCGACUUGACUCUGUGCAGCUACUUUCCGUACAUAACUUCCCCAAUGCCGCACAAGCCAUCGGUAAGGUCUCGGAAACACUCCACGAGAUCCAAGAAAACAGAGAACAGAGAAAUUCGACGGAGACAAGCCCGUCCGUCCACAACCCCAUCGUCCUCAUUGUUGUGGGCCUCGAUACCCUGACCGAAGGUGUAAUUCGAGCCUCCAACCCAGCUCGAGGUGCAGCGGUCUUGACAGCUACACUUCGUACCUUAACGCGCUUGUCUCGUGUGCAUGCCUCUCAUCUCUCGAUCAUUCUUGUCAAUACUAAUGGACUGGGGACCAUGAAUCCAGAGUGGAAUAAAAAUCAAUCGUUGACUGGAAACACUAGCGGAGGUAGUACUGUGAGACAUCCGCUAGAAGAUGGCAUCCACUCCGUCUUCCAUUCAGAUAUUCCCUCCCUGUUCCCAACCUUGCUCAUGAAGACGUUAGACCAAGGCAUUGAUACCCAUCUUUUACUUUCUGAUGUGAGAGGAGCUCAAAUAGUCGAAGUGAUCAAAGACCGAGUCGGUACGAGUCUAGGUAAAUGGGGAGCAUGGAACGAGCGAUGA